AUGUCAACGUGUGCACCACAUUCAUACCGAAACACAAAUGGUUCCGAAUAUAUAUGGGGAUUCGAAGGAGUUCCGUUCAACUUGGUAGUCAAUAGCGCCAUAUUCGUCAUUUGUAUUGGCCUCUACCUUAUAUUACAAGAAAUAAUCGAUAGAGAAUUUGUCCCCAAAAGAGAUUUCCAGGACUAUGUGGAAAAAACGCGUAAAUCAAGAUUUGGAAAUUAG